CGCACUGACUGUGAGGGAAACAAAGUGCGCUGUGGAUUGCUACUGUAACAAACAACAUUUCUUGUAUCAAUGUAUUUAUCUCAGGAAUAUAGUGAUGUGGACACUACUGUCGUGGAUUUUUGUGACAGCCAGUUUGCAUCAGGCCAGUUCCCAGAACUCCACAGACUCUCCUCUUAUGACCACAGAUUUGGACCCUUAUAACCGGAAUCGAUACUGCAAAUGGCCCUGUAAGUGCCCCAAGAGUGCCCCUGUGUGUCCACCCGGGGUCAGCCUGCUAACAGAUGGGUGUGACUGCUGCAAGGCCUGUGCCAAACAGGUGGGGGAGACCUGUAAUGAGAGAGACACCUGUGACUAUCAUAAAGGACUUUACUGUGACUACAGCGCUGACAAGCCAAGAUAUGAAAAAGGAGUGUGUGCAUAUGUUAUGGGAACAGGCUGUGAAUAUAACGGUGUAAUCUACCGUAAUGGCCAGAGCUUCCAACCCAAUUGUAAGUACCGCUGUCUCUGUGUGAAUGGGGCGAUUGGGUGUGUGCCCCUUUGUACUGAGUCUCAGCCACCCCGUGUGUGGUGUCAAAGACCCAAGAGAGUGAAGAUUCCAGGUCAGUGCUGCAAUAAAUGGAUCUGCGAAGAGUCCCGUAAACCACGCAAGACUAACCCAAGACACGCCCCUGAAGAGGUGUCUCUCACCACCAAUAAUAUUUGGCAAAAAAAUUGCAUUACCCAGACCACCCCAUGGAGCCCGUGUUCAAAAACUUGUGGACGGGGCAUUUCCAUGCGCAUUUCUAAUGACAACGCUGAGUGUGUGAUGGAAAAAGACAGUCGACUAUGUAAUCUCCGACCCUGUGAGGUAGACAUCACCAAGCACUUUAGACCAGGUAAAAAAUGCCUGAACAUCUAUCGUGAACCAGAUUUUCAGAACUUCACCAUCUCAGGCUGCAUCAGUAAGAAGCCGUAUUGGCCCAAGUACUGUGGAGUCUGUACUGACGAGCGCUGCUGCAUCCCCUACAAGUCAAAGACCAUUGAGGUGGAGUUUCAGUGUCCUAAUGGAUCUGUCUUUACCUGGAAAUACAUGUGGAUCAACGCCUGCUUCUGCAACCUCUCUUGCAGGAAUCCAAACGAUAUCUUUGCAGAUCUGGAGCAAUACUAUGAUUUCAAUGAGGUUAUUAACUAAUACAUUAACAAAGAGCCAGAUGCAAUGUUAAAAGGUGAGAUGGAGUCUAUCAAAAGGGCCUCCAUGUUCAUACUGUGACAGUAAAUGUGAUUCUUUGCUUCACUAAAUUCAUAAGCUGAAUGGUACAGAAAAUAAUCUUUCAUGAUAUAUGAAAGAACAUCAACGCAGUCACACAUAUUGAAAUGGCUUGUAAGAGGAAUGUUUGUCCAAACAGGGACAUUAUGGUGCAAGAUGAUUUCUUAUUGAUGUACAAAGGUGUUAUAUUUAAGAAAAGUCCUGCGACUUUCAUAAUGUUGUAUAGCCAUUUUGCUACAAGUCUAUGCAAGGACUCUUUAAUGAUUUUAUAAUCUUCAAAUACAUUUUACAGAAACAUUUGUCACAAAUAUUUUAUUCUAAUGGUAUUUAUGACUCACGUCAUGUACAUUUGUAUAAAAAUAUCUUAGAGAAAAGACAUAGAUCUUUUUGUUACUCAGCUACUUACCAAAUGUUUUAUGAAGUCUAAGUUGUUGGUAUUCAUACUUAAUUAUGGAAAUAUUGUAAGAAAAAUAUUGAAAAAAUAUUUGUUGUAUUUAUUUCCUGUUGUUUCUUGGGAUAGAUCUACAUAAUUUCUGUGAAAGUGAGAAUUCAUGACACUUCUGUACAGAUUUGAUGUUCCUUUCUCAAGGAUAAGCUUUCGGUUUGCUUUGGAAGUAUAACAUAGUUUAUCAUAAUAUGCUUACCAUAAUGUAUGUAUUUUAACUAUAUUAUGUUGUAUUUUAGUAUUAUGGAGAACAGCACCACCCUCACGUCAUGGGAGAUUUUCCACUAUUCAGAUAAGAAAUAAUGAUAUAUCAAAAUAUAUUAAUUUAUGGAUUAUAGGGAGAUAAACAUCACGCAACAAUGAGACAGACAGUUUAGUCAUGGUUUUAUUUUCUUAAUACAUUUGUUAGAUACACAGUCAUCACCAACUUUCAAAGACAUUUAUUGUAGUCUUGCUUAGGUCAGUAGUAACGGAUUGCCUAAAAUGUUUAGCACAUACUCCCUGUUUAUUCUGAAUAGACAAAUCUAAGCAAUACUGUCAGAAGUAUAGUUGGCAUAACAUGUAUUAAAAAAAGAGUCAAUUGUUUAUCGAGUGAUUGUUAACGUUCCAUUGAUACUUGUUGUCCAAUUUCCUCCCAACACUGUACAAAUCCAACCAGUUUUUGGACAAAUGCCCAUUAGGCUACUAAAUUAUAUGUUCAGGGUACUGGAAGGUCAGUACAAAGGAAAUGCUUUUUGCGGUUUUGUUCAUUUAUUAAAAAAUGUUGCCAACUGUUAUUACAUUUUAACACAAGCAAUUUGAACAUACCCUGCAGAUAUUCACCAUUGUCAUUGACUUCCCAUUUGUGGUGGACAUAUGUUAUCCUGAUCGUUUAUUAGUUAUAAUGGCCUGCAUAAAUUCUAACCAAACAGAGGACUUAACCUAUAAAGGCUGGUGGAAGAUUAGUCGAAAAACCUCAUUACAGAUUUGUAAUGAUGAGGAUGGUUAUACCAAUUAGGAAAUUAAUUUUACAACCGAAUCCAUCCAUCCAUCCAUCGUCAACCGCUUAUCCUGUGUACAGGGUCGCGGGGGGCUGGAGCCUAUCCCAGCUAACAUUGGGCGAAAGGCGGGGGACACCCUGGACAGGUCGCCAGUCCAUCGCAGUUUACAACCUAAUGAAAUUACAAAAUUAUAAAAUUAAUCUGGUACAAUAUAAUGUUGCUAAAUACCUGAAUACUACUAUUUUUUGCAUUUUGGAAAUAUAAUUAUAAAUGAUAAAUAUAUAAUUAUAAGAGAAUAAUCUGUCUAGCCUAUCUAUAGAUAUCUGCAUCUUCGUUCAUUGAUCUACUGUUAUGCUCCAUGUUGCACACUAGAUGGCACAACAGUGUUGAAGUUCAACAUACAUACAAUACAGUUUGUCUUCA